ACGACUCCGUCCAUUGUCGAUAACCAACAGGAAACUCGAUCUGUUUGUUACACAACAACCAAAUUAAGGCAAUUAGGCAACACCAUCAAGUCAUGCCAAAGGCCUAAUCCAUUCCUAAAGAAGACGCGUGGUAAUUUGAUCGUCAAAAUUUGCAUUUUCAUCAACGCCAGAGAUGGGAAUCUGCUGGAGCUCUAAAACCGUUGAUCAAAGCCCCCAAACCACCGGCCAGCUUAGUUCAGUGGCGAUAUCGCAGGGAACGACGACGACGUCGUCUAGCGGCAGCAGCGGGUUCUGGGCAGCGGGCGGGAGCCCGAGCCCGGGAGCGCAGAUGCUGCCGCACCCCUCUUUGAGGAUCUUCACGUUCUCGGAGCUUCGCGCGGCUACUAGAAACUUCCGAAACGAUACGGUCGUGGGAGAGGGUGGAUUUGGGAAAGUGUACAAAGGCUGGCUCGACUCCAAAAGCGGAUCAACCGUCGUUGCUGUUAAGAAGUUGAAUUCCGAAAGCCUCCAGGGGUUUCAAGAGUGGCAGUCGGAGGUGAAUUUUUUGGGGAAACUCUCUCAUCGUAAUCUGGUUAAACUGUUGGGCUACUGCUGGGAUGAUACAGAACUGCUGCUUGUGUAUGAAUUCAUGCAGAAAGGCAGCCUAGAAAACCAUCUUUUCGGAAGGGGUGCUGCUGUUCAGCCACUGCCGUGGGAUACGAGGCUCAAGAUAUUGAUCGGUGCAGCUCGUGGCCUUGCCUUUCUUCAUGCUUCUGAUAGAAAAGUCAUCUACAGAGACUUCAAGGCCUCCAACAUUUUACUCGAUUCGUCGUACCACGCUAAGUUAUCUGAUUUCGGGCUGGCAAAAUUGGGUCCAACAGCGAGCAAGUCCCAUGUGUCCACACAGGUUAUGGGGACAUAUGGCUAUGCUGCCCCGGAGUAUGUUGCCACAGGGCAUUUGUAUGUGAAGAGUGACGUCUAUGGAUUUGGUGUGGUCUUGGUAGAAAUGCUAACCGGGCUGCGUGCUCUCGACACAAAUCGCCCAGAAAAACAGCAUAAUCUGGUUGAUUGGAUAAAGCCGAGUUUACAAGACAGAAGGAAGUUGAAGGGUGUGAUGGAUUCACAUUUGGAAGGGAGAUAUCCUUCAAGAUCUGCAUUGCAAAUAGCUCACCUUGCUCUCAAUUGUAUUGAGAGUGAUCCCAAAAACAGACCCUCCAUGCAGGAAAUCGUUGAAACACUUGAAGAAAUUGAAACUGCUAAAGAGAGGCCUAGACAGCCUAGAGUGCAUUCUAGUUACCAGGCUUCUGAUAGGCGCAUGCCCCAGCAGUAUCGUUCCCAAAAUCACCCGAGGCAGGAGGUGAAUCGAGCCUAUCCACUCCCACCACGUGCCUAAUUACUCUGCGUAGUGAGAGUGCUCUUCGUUUGUGCUCUUUUUUACCUUCUUCUUUUAGCUUGCAAAGGGAAUGGUGUUGUAAAACUUAGGAGAGAGAAUGCCUUAUUUUUCGGACAUGUAUCGUGAUUAGUUUACAGACAAAGGAACACUUCAUUUUUUUGAAUCA